UUCGUGCAGCAGGAACCACGGCCGCUGGAUAUUUUUAUUAUUAUUAUUCAGCCGCCGUGCGGGGACUGUUGCUGCAGGCAUGUGCAUAAAUGUAUGCCUACUCAAUCGGCUGUCAGCAGCACGGAGACUUGCUAGACGUCACAAAACAUUGCGGUUUGUUUCGUUGCUCUCCAUGUGCCGAUGCCAUUUGAAGUCUCUCAACUUUAUCUGACCUGCAAGAGAACCGUGACAUGAGGUGCAUCCCCAAAGAGCUGUUAUGAGGAAGCAGAUGAAAGGGCACGGAAUCACAAGUGCAUAGCCUGGCCUGGGGAAGCUACCGUGCCUUCACCCACCCACUUAAGCACUGACCAUGCCUUCAUAGCGGCCUUAGAGAAGAUAAGGACACCAAUUUUUUCCAAGAAGGAAGAAGGACCCAGUUGACAAACAUGCCAAGAGACUGUCAAAAAUGGAUUGAAAACAAGUCGGGCUUGGUCAAGAAAGACGACGACAUGCCUUGUUCGCCCUCCCCCGGUAAAGAUUACAAGAAGCACACAGUUGCUGUGCAGAAAAAUGAGUGCGACUCGGCCAUGCCAAUCCAAACGCAGUGGCUACAGGAUGUACAAGUGAAGAAAGAGCCCAUCAAUGAUGUUCCUUUACACCAACAGGAGGGGUAUAGUGUCCAAGUCUUAGAGCCACUCUUGAAAUGCAAAAGUGAAGCUAAAUGGAACCGUGACAUUCCUGAUCAAGCUGAGCAACCUCGAGAAGACUUUGGCACUACAGCAUCUACAGUAAAGCUGGAAGAAGGGAUGCAGCAUUCUGACAAAUGCAGAGUGGACAACGAAGAGCGAGCCUCCAAUGUAGAAGGCCAGUUGUUCAAGCUUGCCCGCUGUAGUUCUCCCGACGGCGUGGUUUCACUGCAGGCUCGGUGCCCCGAGCCCACCGAAAGCACUGCGAAUCUGUCGAAGCUGGGACGCCGCCGCAGAAGCACACGGCGGGCUGUCAGUGGCACGUCAUCGGGUGCCAGGGUGCCACAGCAUCUUCCAGAAUCGCCUUUCUCGAGAGAUGGCGAUGAUGUGGCUGCCCAGGAGCCUCCGGACGUGCGCUACCACUGUCCGCGCUGCAAUAUUGCGUGCCCCGAAGAGAGCUCCCUGGCCAUUCACGUGCGCUGCCAUGGAGGUGCCGGUGACAGGCGUCACUGCUGUCACCUGUGUCCUGCCACGUUUGCUCAAAAGCAUGGUCUGAAGUACCACCUGAGCCAGCACUGGGGGAUCAAACCGUGGAAGUGCAGUGACUGUUCCUACGCAUGUUCCACGAAGCACGUUCUGGAGCUUCACAUUCGCCACCGGCACAGUGGCGAGCGACCAUUCAAGUGUGACCUCUGUGACAGGGCAUUUGCCUCUCAUUCCAUUUUCAUGGUCCACAGACGCAUCCACACAGGCGAGAAACCCUAUGCUUGCCCACUGUGCCCAGCCACCUUCAGAGACUGCAGCGCCAAGCGGAAACACCUUCUUGUGACUCAUAGCACCGCGAGGCCCCACACUUGCGAGCACUGCAGCAAGUCCUAUGCCCUGCCGGAGCAGCUCAAGCGCCACGUGAUCACGCACACCGGCGACACGCCCCACCUGUGCCACUUGUGCCCUGCACGGUUUACUAGGCACUCGUCGCUUGUUGUUCACGUGAAAAAUCACAUAGGCGAUCGCUCGCACCACUGCGAGCAGUGUGAAAAGUCCUUUGUGACUGCCUCGAGACUCGCGGAGCAUGUCAAUUGCACGCACUCAUCAAAGCCGGCGUACCCGUGCAAGCUGUGUCCCAGGAAAUACAAGCACAGUGGUUCUCUCAACGCACAUGUCCGAGCUGAACACCCUGCCGAGGGGAAGACGUGAACCUUGGAACUGUCUACGUCUAGGAGAGGCAGUCGUCCUGUAGUGAACAUAAAAUAGCUGAUGAAGGUGCAAAAAAUUCUUUUGUCCCCAAUGCAGGUCCACAGACGCAUCCACACAGGCGAGAAACCCUAUGCUUGCCCACUGUGCCCAGCCACCUUCAGAGACUGCAGCGCCAAGCGGAAACACCUUCUUGUGACUCAUAGCACCGCGAGGCCCCACACUUGCGAGCACUGCAGCAAGUCCUAUGCCCUGCCGGAGCAGCUCAUGCGCCACGUGAUCACGCACGCCGGCGACACGCCCCACCUGUGCCACUUGUGCCCUGCACGGUUUACUAGGCACUCGUCGCUUGUUGUUCACGUGAAAAAUCACAUAGGCGAUCGCUCGCACCACUGCGAGCAGUGUGAAAAGUCCUUUGUGACUGCCUCAAGACUCGCGGAGCAUGUCAAUUGCACGCACUCAUCAAAGCCGGCGUACCCGUGCAAGCUGUGUCCCAGGAAAUACAAGCACAGUGGUUCUCUCAACGCACAUGUCCGAGCUGAACACCCUGCUGAGGGGAAAACGUGAACCUUGGAACUGUCUACGUAUGCUGGAAUCGUGCAUGUGGUAAUGUAUACUGACAUGUAAAUAAAGAAAUGCCUAUUUUAUGCAACUAAGAAAUCCAA